CCUCCGUCGUCCCGCAUCCAUGCGGGAGAUCAAUCCUUCCCCAAUCCCCCAAACUGCUCCCCGACCUGCUCGAGUUCCUCUCCCGGUCCUAGAGCGCGUCCGGGCGCGCGUUCGCGCCCCAGCCACCGACGCUCAUCCUUGGAUAGAUCCGUUCCUUCGCUGAUCAGCCUCUGCUCAGAGCCUCAGGCUAGCUAUUUCUUCACCGUUCCAUGUCCAUGGCCACGAGAGCACUCACCGCCGUCGUCACCGGCCGCCGGGCGGCCGAGCAGAGUGGGCUCGCCGCCGUUCUCUCGUCGUGCAGGAGCGGAGGAGUUCGGGGUCUGUCGCACAGCAGCGCCCAACAGCGCCGGGAGGACCAGAGCGCCGGCGACCGUCACGACGCAGCGGCGGCGGCGGCGGUCGCCGCGGCGCAGGUGGAGGCGUCGCCGAACCGCAAGAACGUGGAGGUGGUGCAGGGGGACCGGUCCGCGACGCUGCUCCCCGACGAGGCGGCCGACGCGCUGGGCGGCGUGGGCGCUGAGGAGGCCGCCGACGCCUGGGUGCCCGACGAGGAGACGGGGGUCUUCGUCCCCGCUGAGGAGGCCACCGACAACGGCAACGGCGGCCCGCAUGAGCAGCCUGCUGGGCCGUCGGUGCUGGACCAGGCGGUGUUCGUGCGCGUGGACAUGGAGGACGUCGAGAGGCCCCCCGUCGACAUGGCCAGCGCCCACAGCGGCGCCAAGUGAACAACCCCACCAUGCGCGCCGCCGGCGACGACCGUGUAGGCUUGCUUGUUAGUCUCAUGCUCUCACCCCGGACGAUAGUUGUACAUCCGUUAUGAAAUAUUGGGGUGAAAUAUUGGUGGGCGAGUUAUUAGCGAUCUGCUCUGAGUUGAUAUAUUUUUAGGGGAAAUUUUUUUUGAAAAAGUCCUGAUACAUAGUUUUGGAGAAGAACUCUAAUUACACCUCAUAGCUAAUAACUUUUUUUAUUCA